AUGAAAGUUGCAACACUGUUUCACCUCAACGCGUCUGGAGUGGAGGAUGAGAUCCUGACACUGUUCCACCUGAACGCGUCUGGAGUGGAGGAUGAGAUCCUGACACUGUUUCACCUGAACGCGUCUGGAGUGGAUGAUGAGAUCCUGACACUGUUCCACCUGAACUGGUCUGGAGUGGAGGAUGAGAUCCUGACACUGUUCCACCUGAACGCGUCUGGAGUGGAGGAUGAGAUCCUGACACUGUUUCACCUGAACGCGUCUGGAGUGGAGGAUGAGAUCCUGACACUGUUUCACCUGAACGCGUCUGGAGUGGAGGAUGAGAUCCUGACACUGUUCCACCUGAACGCGUCUGGAGUGGAGGAUGAGAUCCUGACACUGUUUCACCUGAACGCGUCUGGAGUGGAGGAUGAGAUCCUGACACUGUUUCACCUGAACUGGUCUGGAGUGGAGGAUGAGAUCCUGACACUGUUUCACCUGAACGCGUCUGGAGUGGAGGAUGAGAUCCUGACACUGUUUCACCUGAACGCGUCUGGAGUGGAGGAUGAGAUCCUGACACUGUUUCACCUGAACUGGUCUGGAGUGGAGGAUGAGAUCCUGACACUGUUCCACCUCAACGCGUCUGGAGUGGAGGAUGAGAUCCUGACACUGUUUCACCUGAACUGGUCUGGAGUGGAGGAUGAGAUCCUGACACUGUUCCACCUCAACGCGUCUGGAGUGGAGGAUGAGAUCCUGACACUGUUUCACCUGAACUCGUCUGGAGUGGAAGAUGAGAUCCUGACACUGUUCCACCUCAACGCGUCUGGAGUGGAGGAUGAGAUCCUGACACUGUUCCACCUGAACUGGUCUGGAGUGGAGGAUGAGAUCCUGACACUGUUUCACCUGAACGCUUCUGGAGUGGAGGAUGAGAUCCUGACACUGUUCCACCUGAACUGGUCUGGAGUGGAGGAUGAGAUCCUGACACUGCAAGCUGACAUUGAACUCAAGUCUAGGGCUCAUGGCCAGUUUUUGGACUUACUGACAGAGGCAAAGUACCCCAACAUGAGGAAAUCUGCUACCUCCUUGACCGCAUUGUUCGGCUCCACUUAUUUAUGCGAGUUAGCCUUUUCCUACACGAAGAUUAUCAAGUCCAAAUACCGUUCCACCAUGACUGAUGAUCAUUUGGAAAUCUUCUUAUCAGAGCAUCAGUUCAGAGACAAUCAGUUCAGAGACGUUCAGUUCAGAGACGUUCAGUUCAGAGACACAACAGCCUACAACCAAGAUGGCCGCCAGUCUAAAACUACAACACCCAGAGCAGAGAGCCGACAGACGGGGAAGACGGACACAGAGAGAGACCACGUCCACCUGGACAUAGAUCACCUGGACAUGGAUCACCUGCUGCAGCUGCUGCUGCUGUGGAGCUCAGGACUCCAGGCUGAAGGAGAACUCACCUCAACAGAGUCUGUCAGGUUGGUGGGGGGGGCCAGUCGCUGUGCAGGGACACUGGAGUUGAAAAAAAGCAGAAAUUGGGUUCCAGUGAGUUCCUCUGCCUGGACCCUGAAGGCAGCAGCUGCUGUCUGUAGAGAGUUAGACUGUGGCUCUGCUGUUUCCGUAGAGAGAGAAGAGUCCUCAUACAGUUCUGGUUGGGAGAUCAGGCCUGACUGUGUUGAGUCUGCAUCUGCUCUGAAGGAGUGUACAACAUCAAUUUCCACUUCCACUUCCUUUUUGCCCGUCCUUAAUCUCACCUGCUCAGACUCUGUCAGGCUGGUGAACGGGACCAGUCUGUGCUCAGGCAGACUGGAGGUGAAGACAAACCAGUCUACCCAGUGCUGGUCCUCCGUGUGUGAACAGGACUUUGACCAAACAGAUGCAGAGGUGGUUUGUAGGGAGCUUGGCUGUGGGGCUCCUUCAGUCCUCCAGGGGGCGCUCUAUGGAGACGUGGAGCCUCCAAUGAAGACCAAAGAGUUCCAGUGUGGAGGCAAUGAGUCUGCUCUCCUGGACUGUAGAAGCUCAGGCUCAGAUAGAAACACCUGCUCACCUGGAAAAGCUGUUGGACUCACCUGCUCAGAGCCUGUCAGGUUGGUGGGGGGAGCCGGUCGCUGUGCAGGGACUCUGGAGGUAAAACAUGAAGGAGAAUGGAGACCAGUGAGAAGCUAUGAAUCUACCUGGAGCCUGAAGACAGCAGCUGCUGCCUGCAGACAGAUGGACUGUGGCUCUGCUGUUUCUGUAGAGAGAGAAGAGUCUUCACACAGAUCUGUUUGGUGGAUCAGGUCUGAAUGUGUUAAGUCUGGAUCUGCUCUGAGGGAGUGUGUAACAUCAGAGUCCUUUUCCUCCUUCCUUAAUCUCACCUGCUCAGACUCUGUCAGACUAGUGAAUGGGACCAGUCUGUGCUCAGGCAGACUGGAGGUGAAGACUAACCAGUCUACCCAGCGCUGGUCCUCAGUGUGUGAACAGGACUUUGACCAAACAGAUGCAGAGGUGGUUUGUAGGGAGCUUGGCUGUGGGGAUCCUUCAGUCCUCCAGGGGGUGCUCUAUGGAGACGUGGAGCCUCCAAUGAAGACCAAAGAGUUCCAGUGUGGAGGCAAUGAGUCUGCUCUCCUGGACUGUAGAAGCUCAGGCUCAGAUAGAAACACCUGCUCACCUGGAAAAGCUGUUGGACUCACCUGCUCAGAGCCUGUCAGGUUGGUGGGGGGGGGCAGUCGCUGUGCAGGGACACUGGAGGUGAAACAUGAAGGAGAAUGGAGACCAGUGAGAUACUCUGACAAGAUCCUAAAGACAUCAGCUGCUGCAUGCAGCGAGUCAGACUGUGGCUCUGCUGUUUCUGUAGGAGAGAGACUAAAUAGCCCAAGCAAAGCUAUGUGGAUGAUCAGGUCUGACUGUGUUGAGUCUGGAUCUGCUCUGAGGGAGUGUGCAGAAUCAGUUUCCUCUUCCUCCUUGGUUAAUCUCUCCUGCUCAGGUAAGCCCGUCAUAGAGGUGAAUAAAUGA